GGUGUUUGGUAGGGGGAUUUAGAGCUCUUCAUCUGUCUUUAGUCUUGCUGUCUUUCUCUAUCUCGUAGAUUUCAUAUUUAAAUACAGUGCAGUGCAGUGCAGAGCAGUGGAGAGAUCUUAGAAUAUGAUGGCUGUGCGUAAUCUUUGGAUAACUUUUGGAGUUGUAACUAUUCUUGGGACUUUAGUGGGACUGGUGCAAUGUAAUCAGGAGACAGAGCUGAUCGGGGACUUGUUCAAAAACUACAACAAAAAUACACGUCCGGUGGUUCAUCCUGACGACAAGGUUGAGGUUCAGAUCAAGCUGACCCUCACUAACCUUAUCUCCCUGAAUGAAAAGGAGGAGACUCUUACAACCAAUGUGUGGAUUGAGAUUCAAUGGAGUGAUUACCGCCUUGCCUGGAAUGCAUCUCAGUAUUAUGGCAUUAAACUUAUUCGUGUCCCGUGCAAAACUGUUUGGCUUCCCGACAUAGUCCUUGAGAACAACAUUGAUGGCAAAUUUGACGUGGCGUACUAUGCCAACGUGUUGAUCUACGACAAUGGUUGGAUUUACUGGCUGCCUCCUGCUAUCUAUCGCAGCACAUGCGCCAUUGAGAUCACCUACUUCCCGUUUGAUUAUCAAAACUGCACAUUAGCAUUCAGGUCCCAGACAUACAGUGCCAAUGAAGUGGAUCUCACCUUGGCUUUUGGAGAAACGGGAGAGAUUAUUGAAUGGGUGGACAUUGAUCCUCAGGCUUUCACAGAGAAUGGUGAGUGGGCCAUCGUCCAUAGACCAGCCAGGAAGAUGAUCAACACUCGGUAUUCCCCGGAUGACCUGGAAUAUCAGGAGAUCAUGUUCAAUCUGGUCAUCCAAAGGAAACCCCUCUUCUACAUCAUCAAUGUUAUCCUGCCCUGUUCCCUAAUCUCGUCGCUGGUCGUACUGGCCUACUUCCUGCCUGCACAAGCUGGAGGGCAGAAGCUGACCGUCUCCAUCUCUGUUUUGCUGGCUCAGACUGUCUUCCUCUUUCUUAUUGCUCAGAAGAUCCCGGAGACCUCUCUUUCCGUCCCUCUCAUCGGAAAGUACCUGAUCUUUGUCAUGUGUGUCACUACUCUCAUUGCUACCAAUCAAAUUGUAGUGCUGAACUUCUCACUGCGCAGCCCCAGCACUCACACUAUGUCCCAAACCCUCAAAUAUCUGUUCUUGAAAAUGGUGCCUCGCUUCUUAGGCAUGCCCCCGCUGGUGGAUGAUGGUGAGGUGACAGCAGAAGUAAACGGGGUGAGGGAGCGGCGGCGCAGCUCCUUCGGCCUCAUGCAGAGAGCAGAGGAAUAUGUACUCAAGCAGCCUCGCAGUGAAAUGAUGUUUGACAAACAACGAGAGAGGCAUGGCCUCACACGAUCAAUCGUGGACAGUAUAGAUGUCAGCAACACAGCUAACCUGUAUAAGAGUUUGGCCCAAGCUGCACCUGAGAUUAAGCAAUGUGUGGAUGCCUGCAACUUCAUUGCUGACAGUACAAGACAACAAAAUACCACUGGCUCCGAAAUUGAAAGCUGGGUACUGAUUGGGAAGAUGGUUGACAAGGUGUGUUUCUGGGCUGCCAUUUCUCUAUUCAUCAUCGGCACAGUGUGGAUCUUCCUAACAGGACACUUCAACCGUGCCCCAGAAUUUCCAUUUCCAGGAGAAAGUAAAAAAUAUGUGCCAAGUUAAAAAAAAAAAAAAUCAUUUUGCUCUGUUUGAAAUUUUCAAGGCUUAUUGUGCCUCGUGCUGUCUAUGCUGAUGAACGCAAUCUUGCGCACUGACCCCAAGGUUAAGCUUCAGGGCUGAGACACGUCUGUGUUCAGUAACAACACAACUUCAUUUUUCUCUCUGCAUUUGUGAAGCAGCUCAGGAUUCAUCGCUGAAACUUCCAACAAAAUAAGUUUCUCAACUUCUUCACUCAGUUCUCAGCAUUUUUAUAUUAAAUCAUUAACCACCAUCAUAAAAAUCAGACCAAGUACAACUACUUUGUUAGUUGCAUGGUAUAAAAGAGUUUAAACAAGUCCAGACUACAGCUCAUGGAUGCAUUUAAAGAAAAAAAAAUGUUAAACCCGCUGCACCAACAUGCAAAGGGAGUUAGUUCUGUUGCAGCAAAUGAUUUUUUUUGCAUUUCAUGGAGCCACAGGCACUGCUUAACUAAAGAACUGAUUUUACUUACAUGCAGUGUGCUCAUCCACAAAACACUCAGAAACGUAUCCCUGCACAUAUUAUGUCUUAUGGUCAGUAUCUAUGCAUGUAACAUGAGCCAGCCAAUUCUGAAUCAAAGCCUUAUUGUUCUUACUAUGACUUAUUUCUUAGACUUACAGUAGAUGGCUCAGUGGGACACUGUCUUGAGUUCAUUGUGCCAUGACUUUUUUUGUAAAAAAUUCUUUAGUUUAUCAUAAAGUGUGUUUUAAUCUUGAACUGAAUGUCUAAGUAGGUGUAUUAUAUUUAUACGCCAGACAGCAUAAAUCUCAGAAGUGUGGCAAAAAGAUGAAACUGUUAUUGCAUUUAUUACUGUUAUGUGUGGGUGGUGUUUGUCCCAAAAUUGAUAAAAUAAAUGUAACAGAAGGAUUAGCAAAUGAUAAAGUAUAAACAGUGAAUGGUCUGUUUUCUUUUUCUUUCUUUUUUCUGUUCAUGUCCA